GAGAGAGAGAGAGAGAGAGAGUGAGAGAGUGUUAACUGGGGAUCCAUGGAGCAACUCACAACACCAGUAUUUUCUAUGUCUUCUUGUCCACGAUGCACUUUAGGAUUUCAAUAAGAUGCGUGUGUGUUUCCAGAUAAUCAGUUUCCUCCUUGCCGUAAACUUUUACUGCCAGCCGCUCCAAGCUCAGGAUCCCUCCUGUUGCCACCAUGUUACUGAGUUUUCGCCUUGCAAAGAAGCCUGUGACCAGCUCGCUACUAUAAAGAGUGAGUCUCGUCUAAAGCAUCUCCUGCAGAGGUUACCCAGUUACUGUCCGGAGACGAUGAAUGAGCUUUGGAGGUGCAUCAAUUCAACACUUCCAGGAGUAUCCAAAAAGUCUGAUGGGUGGGUGGGACUUGGCUGCUGUGAGCUAGCUAUCUCAGCUGAGUGUCGCAGAGAAUGCAGACAGGCAUCAUCUAAAAAUGACAUAACAAAAGUAUGCAAAAAGGUCACAGAGAACUCCCUGUACAGCUGCAUCACCAAAAACGAAAUGGGCUCCACAUGCUGCAGCUAUGCAGGACGUCACACCACCUGUAGGGAGUACUGCCAGGCCAUCUUCAGGACUGACUCGACCCCCACCGUGUCCCAGAUCAACGCAGUCAAAGAUUACUGUCAGAGUCACAACACUCAGCUGCUCAGCUGCGUCAGCAACUUCACCAAGUCCUACCCCAUACGCAGCCCUAUAGACAGUCUGUACUGCUGUGACCGGGCGGAGGCCACCCACUGCCAGGUGGCUUGCCGGCGAAUCCUUCGCACCAUGAGCACAGAGCAUGAGAUCAUGGAGGGUUUAAUUGAGGAGUGUGGCUCCCAGCCUCUCCCUCAGGAACCCAUGUGGCAGUGCUUUCUGGGCAGCGCCCACCCUCCUUCUCCACCUGAAGAGGAGACCCCCCAUCCAGCUAAGAUGGACUGCGCCAAGCUACACUGCUGCUCCAAGGCUAACACCUCACUCUGCAGGGACAUGUGUCAGGAGAUCAGCACUAACUGGGGCAGCCAGACAUGGCAGGACUUCGACCAGCUCUGUGAGUACAACCCAGUGGAGACGGAGCUCAUCAACUGCCUGGCCGAUGUCAGGGAGCCCUGUCAGCUGGGCUGUAAGGACCUCACCUACUGCACCAACUUCAACAACAGGCCUACAGAGCUGUUCCGCAGCUGUAAUGUCCAGUCAGACCAAGGCGCCAUGAACGACAUCAAGUUGUGGUCCAAUGGGACGAUCAAGAUGCCUUUCAUGAACAUACCUGUGCUGGACAUCAGGAAGUGUCUGCCGGACAUGUGGAAGGCCGUGGCCUGUUCUCUGCAGAUCAAACCCUGUCACAGCAAGUCCAGAGGGAGUGUCAUAUGCAAGUCAGAUUGUGUGGACAUCCUGACCCAGUGUGGGGACAGGAAACGUUUCCAUGAAGGACAAACCCCAGAGAGGAUCUGUGAGCUGCUGUCGCCUAUUGAUGACCCUGAACGUUGCAUCCCCCUCCACAGAUACCUCACUCCCAGUUCCCUUGGAAACAACAUUGUUGAGGAGGUCAUCCAUCCAUGCAACCCCAAUCCUUGUCCAAGCAACCACUUAUGCCAGGUCAACAGGAAAGGCUGCUUUGAUGAGCUCAACUGUCAGCCAUACCUCUGCAUCCCAGGCUGUAAACUGGGCGAGGCCUCAGAGUUUCUGGUGCAGCAGGACGCUCGUAUCCAGGUGCCAACUCGCACUGGUCCUGCUGGGUGUUAUGAGGUCUGCACCUGCGGUCCCAGUGGUCGUCUGGAAAACUGUGUGGAGAUGCCCUGUGUGGACAUCAACAAGCCCUGCAUCGUAGGAGGACAGAGGAAGAGCCACGGGACGUCUUUCAGGGUGGAAUGUCACGCCUGUUCCUGCUUCGCUGGUGACACCAUCUGCUCCACAAGGGAAUGUCUCAGCUUCGACAGUUCCGAUGAGGACCGCAGACACUUCACCGGUCUUCCCUGUAGUUGUCCGGACCGCUUUGUUCCAGUGUGUGCGUCUAAUGGACGGACUUACCCCAGUGCAUGUGUGGCUCGCUGUUUGGGAUUCAAGGACCACCAGUUUGUCUUUGGCUUGUGCCGCCUCAGUAACCCCUGCGCCAACAAACCCUGCCAGAGAAACCAGAGGUGCAUCCCGAAGUAUCGUGUGUGUCUGAGUGACUCGUCAGACUGCCCGCAGUACGAGUGUGUUGGCCGGCCGGCAGCCUGUGAUAAGAACAGUGUGGAGCCAGCCUGUGACACUGAUGGCCUGUCCCACCCCAGUUUGUGCCACCUGCAGCAGGCUGGGAAAGCCCUGGCCUAUAUGGGCCACUGCCAGGAUGCCUGUAGGAAGCCUCAGCAAGUUUGUGGCCAUAAUGGUGAGACCUACAACACGGUGUGUGACGCCUUCUCUGACCGUGUGGCUGUGGACUACGAGGGCCUCUGCCAUGCUGUGGGGGCCGUGUCUGACGUGGCCCCUGACUCCGCGUGCAGUGUGAUCCCCUGUCCGCCUCUGUCCUCGCCAGGCUGCCGACCUGUCACCCCGCCUGGAGCCUGUUGUCCAAUAUGUGCCAGCAUGCUGCAGAUCCUCUGGAACAAAGAGCAGAUGAACUCUUUCUCUAAGUUGAACAAGAACCAGCCGGUGACGGUCCACGACGUCCUGCAGAUCCUGCGGCUUCACAUCUCAGUGCCACAGUGCGACGUCUUUGGCUACUUGAGCAUCGACCAUGAGCUGGUCGUCCUUAUUGCUCCAGUGGACCUGCAGCCGACACCACUGCAGAUCGAAGCCUGCAGUAAGGAGGCCGAGAAGAUCGAUUCCCUCAUCAACUAUGCCAGCCCCACGCUGGUUUCCCACGUCCCCCUUUCUGCCUUCCUCGCCUCUGAGCUCAAGACUUCCUCCAUCCAGUCGUCCGGGAGCUGUCCUCCCUCACCUCCGCACCCCAGCCUGUGCUUCCUGUUGGGCCUCCUCCUCGCCGCUGCUCUAAAUGUGUAGUAUCCCCACCCAGCCUCUCCCCCCCCACUAACUGUUAAAUGUUCCAAAGUAUCCUCCCCUCUUCCUGGGAUGACAUGGGUGUCAUGAGGUGAGUGAGUUUUGGGCGGUGGUGGAGCAGGAAGUAGAAGCGGCGGUGACGUCUUCCGACAAUCAUUCCUAUUGCCUCACCUGCGCGUCAAACAAUCAAGGAGGUGGAAAAGCUAUUACUAUGGAAAGCUUUUGUGUGAUCAGUGUUAUUCAGUGGAUGAGAUUCUGAAGCGUGAAGUGUGUGUGUGUGUGUAAGUGUGUGUGCAUGUGUGACCUUUAAGAAGCAUUUGACUUCAUACCAGCAGUGUUUACCCAUUAGCCCCAGCAGCAAACUCUCCUCUGACAGCUGUUAAGUGGGAAUGGAAAUUUCAUGACUCGCUCUGUCUUGCUCUGAGGCUUUGUGUGUGUGCGUUUUUGUGCAUUUGUGCAUGUUUGUGUGUGUCCAACUGGAUUUCAGAGGCAGACAAGGACAAAACAUCCUUGUCUGGCAGCACAUCUGUCUGACAGAUUACUUGAAAUUCCCUUGGCCUCACACACUUACGCACACACUCGCGCACAGAGAUCGGCGUCGCCGAGACAGAGCUCUCUGUUCGGCGUGAACCGCUUAAGUGACGCUUCUCCGGCCGCCAGUAAACAAGACUGCACAGUCCGUACCCGAGCGCAUGACGUAUAAACAUGUGUGGCGCAUAUGGACCUAGUGUUUGAACCUCUAACCUCAGCAGUGUUAGUGCCUUGCUCAUGGACCGAGCCAGGGCAGACGAAACUAAUCCACCUUCAAUAGUCGGUUUUUAACUACGGACCAAACGAUUCGUCCAAAAGCCAAUCAAAAAGUUCAAAGAUUAAGAGAGCCCAGGUUCUGUUGUGUCUACAGCAGUGUACUGGAGAGGAGAUGAAACACUGAUCAAGGAUCAGUUAGGUGUCAGUUUCGCCCAAUCACAUCGAGCUUUUCGCCAAAACAAACCUGGUAGCACUUUAUGUGAUCUGGUCUUCACAAAGUGUCAUUAAUCUGUUAGAAUUCCGAGUGUGUUAAAAAGAGCAGUUUAUAGACUGUACCAAUGUUGCACCAUAGCCUGAUCCAACCCUAAGCUACAAGCAAUUUCCAGAGCACAACGUCGCAACUCUUCCCUCCUAAAAUAAUUAACAAGAUAGAAAAUAUGACAGAAUAUGUUGCGAUGUCACGAAAAUGAAAAACAAAAAACAUUCUAACAGUAUGAAAAGGAAAAUGUGAUUUUUAGGUUGUUUUUGCAUGUUGUUCAGCAGCUGAACUUUAGAGAAUGUCACAGCAUCUUUUAAUCUGGCAAUAGGUUAAGUCCCUGCUGUGUUCAUUAGGCUGAACGCACGUCCAUGUCAACUCUACAAGUUGCUUUUAAAGCUCACUGAAAUGAGGUGAAACCAACAGCUUCCUCACAGGGAUGAAAUCAAUCGUUGAAUGAAAACUGACUGUAUGCUUUGAAAAACACUAAGCAUGUCUGAUUUGUAGUUAAAGGGGUAGUCCGCCACCGUCAUUUAGUGCUGCUCUUCCGUAAAGUCCGACACAGAAAUGGUCAACUUUGACCCACCAGAGACAGAGAUACCCUGAUACCGCUUCCCAUGGUGCAACUUGAAUGACUAUUGCCCCGAUAAACACCAGCAGUCUGUGUCCCUGCUUUAUAACACGGGUUUCUUGCUAAACUUUUACAUUCCUGACUAAAACUCCAACAGGAAACGGCGCACAGCACAAGUGUCAUUGCUAGCUUCACUUAGGUCCAUUUAGUCAUUGAAACACUCACGUUAUGUAAGUAGCAGAUGUUCUUGUGCCCAUUUAUGCGCCAGUGUUGGUGUUAAAAUGAAGCAAGCAUUUAAAGGGUGCAUUAAUCAGAUCAGACUAUACGCCAUUUAACAAACAAAACAGUUCUACGGUGCACAAACAAUCCGUAGCACACGGUCUAAGGAGGUGGAAAGCCCUUGACAUCAUCAGGACUAUUUUCUCGAAGCCACAGAGGACAUACCGUUUCUACAGACUUGAGUCGUACUCCCCUUGACUCGUAGAUUGAUUGAUGCAUAAAACAAAAUCGGGGUAGCGAAACAUGACAAAUGGUUACAUUUCAUCAUGUGGGUUUUAAAUGGGAUUAGGAUGUGCGCUAAAGGAAUCGCAGUCACAUGAACCGGUGUGUUGCUGUGUCGGGAGUGUUAGAGAAACACUGUGGUGGAGUAUCUCAUGAGCACCACUUCUAAUAAAGUGCUACCAGGAUGUUCCCCGAUAACAGGUGAAUGGUCCAUGCUGAUACAAAACAACAGAAAAGCCUGGAUCACCUUUCGCUUUGUGUCAGGCCAGUAGCUCUGAAAAGCAGGAAAAGGGAGGCUUUAUGAACUAGAAGCCAUUUAAUAACAGAAGGACAAUCAGCUAGUCAAUACCCACAGUCCCCUUUGGGUAGAGACAAUUUCCACAGUAUGCCUUGCAUAUAGUGUCUUAUAUGAAGUAAUAAUGAGAAUGCAAUAACUUUAUAUUUGUUAAGAAAUAUCUCUAUAUUUGAUAUGUAUCUGAUAAUGGGAUUCGACGAUGAUUACCUAUGUGCCAUGUUUUUUAAACAAAUAGCUGUUAUUCUUUAUUGCAUGAUGACAAUUAUGAAGUUUUUUGGUCUUUUUUGUUUUUGUUUUUGUUUUUUUUUUUUACUCCAGAAUGUAUUAUAGUGUGUUGUUCCGUCUAUCUGUGUUUGUCUGUCUGCCUAUACAGCACAAUGCGUCCCCGUCUUUUAACAGUAUUACUGUGCUAGGCAGCUCUGUAGCAGGGGGACCUCGCCAUGGCUCCUCCAUCUAUUAUAAUAAUUAUUAUUAUUGUUAUUUUUAUUAUUAUUAAAUUUUAAUGUCACAUUAGGAAAAAAAAACUAAAGAUGAAAGAGCUCACACAUUCAGACUAAAGACUGAAGUUUCCUGCUCCUGAUGAAUUAUUUCUCAGCUAAAAGAGUGGUUUAACAUUUUGGGGAAAUCGUGUGAGAUUGGAAGAUGGAUAUUGAGUGGAUAUCUGUAUGUUCAGUCUAGACUGUCUGUUAGCUUAGCUUAGCUAGCCUGCCCCUGUCCAAAGUUCAAAAAUACAUGUACAAACACCACUUAAGUUGACUACUGAGCACCUUGUAUCUUGUUUAUUUUAUUCACCCAUGCUCGAAGAGAAACAUUAACAAAAAAAAAAAAAAAACCUCUUCAAGGUUGCAAGGUUUUAGAAAUAGAUACUUGUUUGAGUCAUAUCUUGACCAAAGAUUGCAAAGAUUAUAAUUGGCACAGUGAGUUUCAAACUGAGCGAAACUAAACCCACAUGUUCCAAGCAACUGUAUGCAGCCACCAGUGUGCAGUCAUUUCUUAAACUCUGAUAUAGCAGUUAACCCUGAACCCUGAAUGUAGUUAGACCAAAACAUGCCCACUCCUGGCUGUUAAAGUGACACUAACGUUAGGUUGUCGAGGUAACUAGGGGACAAGACAUGCUAAAAUUAGCUGCUUAUGUUCAAAAAGACACUACCCUCUGAACUCUAGAAAUUCUCAGUAUCCUUCACCUCAUCUCACCCUCAGAAAGGAAACUAAUCAAUGAAUUUCUCAAAAUGUUAAACUGCUUAUACAUUAUGAUGAUUUUUGUUUGUUUGUUUGUCACAGCUAGCGUAGCUCUCUGGAAACCAAGAGCAAGUGUAUUUGUACCUUUCAAAGUAAAAGCAGUCUUAUGGAGUGUUAUUGAACCAAUCACCUGUUUGCAUGUAAACCCUCAGGCUUGUUGGAGGAGCUGAGAUGGUUUUUACAUAAUAACACCUGGGACUGUUCACAGUCAUACUGUGUUUUUCAGUCAUAUUGUCAGUUGGUUUUUGUUUGAUACUUCUUACCAAAUUGUCUCGUUUGUCAGGUCCAAUGAGUGUUGUUCUUUCCAUUGUAUUAUCACUGUGUUUGACUUUGUAAAAGUGCCAUGGAUUUAAAAAAAAAAAAACAAACAAAAAAAAAAACAG